GUUUGAUAUUGCUGUAAUUAUGAAAAAUAAUGUUCUUCAACAAGUCUAGGUAGCGAGCAUGUUCGUGUGCAGCUCGAUCAUUGACUCGAUUAGUGAACUUCGUUUUGAAGUGUCUUGUAGUUGCGUCUAAUAUCAGUUACGUCCCAGAAGUUUUGCCUUCCUUACUAAGACCAUUGUGUGGGAUCAUGUUUAGAUGAAUCAUUGAAUGUCUACUCAUUAAAAUGUCGUUUUAAGGAUAGGCAUUGUUAUUGAAACCUCCCGCUGCUUUACAGGAUGUAUAUAGCAGCCAAUAGGUUUCGCACUGCCGCGAAUCGAGCGCGGAAGUCGUCGGUGGCAGGAUGGUGGACUGUAACGGGGAGACCUGGUCUCCGCGAUCUCCUUGAUAAUCCGGCCUCCUAUGAUGGUUGUUGUUUAUUGACUGAUAAUAUUCAAAUCCAAUAUCACAGACGAUUAAAAAGGAAGUUGAAGAACAUCGAUGGUCAUGUCAUAACAACUACGUGAGUACUACUGAAUGAAACAAACAUUCUUCAUUUAAUGUGAAAAAUAGACUCCUCGGCAGGGACACAGUUUCCAGGAGCAAUCACAAUAUUCGUAUCGUAACUACACAUAAACGCACUAAGCAUAGGACUAUCUUCAGCAUCUCUCCCGUCUAAUUUCGAUCAUGGCUUGCAACGGGUAUUCAGUGGGUGAUGGUUUUGGCGAUUAUUAUAAGUUCUGUGACGUUUUGCAUCGAGACGAUGCCAUCCGUAGCCAAAUACCACCACUUCUGGGGACAGCUGGAGCUCAUCUUCGUCGUCCUCUUCACAGGAGAGUAUUCAAAGUUUAUCAAUGAAUAGUAGACAACACUGGCGGACCCUCUGUGUACGUGUACCUGAAAUGAUAGUUUAAUUACUCUUCAUGUGACUCCCGGUCCCACCUCCACGUUUUUUGAAUCCGUAUGUCGCUGGUCUUAUUUCGUCCUCGUACCUUAUGAACCAUGGUAUCGCUUAUUUCCCUCCGGAGAGAUGAUCAGUACAACAUCAUGAGUCUGACUCUACAACAACUGUUGUUGGGGGACGAACCAUUACAACUAGACUGUCCUCUCAAACUCAAUAUCAUAAAGAAGCAUCAGCUAUGUAUAGAGAACGCAUACGAGUAGUCAAAAAGCCUACUUAUUCAAGCUGCUCCUGCCUCUAGACUAUCGCACAAAUAUCAUGCCUACACGUUAUCAUAGACAUCAGAUCAAAAUCAAGCAUAAGCACAACCACAAGCGGAAAUUGUUACAAAAUAAACUCCGCCCCUAGGCUCUUCUUACGAUGGCUGGUAGCGGAGGGCAGUACUCUGGACUAUAUCUUCGAGACUUGGACGAUUAUUGAUAUUCUUGCGCUCCUGCCAUUUUACUGCGCAGUUUUCGAGCUCGAGGUCCCGACCGGUGAGUUGAAUCCGAGCACUGUUAUGAUUGCAAAUUAACACCUACUCCUACACUAUUUCUUCCGUAGAACUAGAAAUUAAAGUUCUAUUGAAGUGAUCCGGUCCUGGUCUAGUCCUGGUGAACCGGUACCCUGGGUCUGGACUAGCAUGGUGGCCGUUUGGAGGUGCGAGCACCCCCCCAGUGCUUCUCCACCCUCGAAGCCUGGGGGGGGUGGGACGCCAAAGUCAGAAGCAUCUGUCGUUGGUUUUAACUCUUUAAAUUAUAUAUUUCUAAUUAAACGCGCGAGUUCGUCGUUGCCUUCUUCAUGACUAGCACCCAACGAGUGUAAGUGUGAGCGCCGCGCCUGUGGUUUUCUGUCCCUCCGACAUCAACUUUCCCGUCAAGGCCAAAGAUCAGCUAGAGCAAGGACUACUUUGGAGCAGGAUAUCAACACAUACAUUCUAUUGAAGCCAUUUUCAUGUUGGUGCCCACUGCUACUCAAUCUCAAAUGAUAGUCAUGAAAAGCUAUAAUGACAAUUAGCUUGGAGAUGUUCUAAGCUUCGCCAUCCGGAAACAGCGCCGCCACCUGACAUGCGCAUUCUGCGAUUGUGUCGGCUUAUGCGCGUGUUCAAGUUGACGAGGCACGCGCGUCCAAUGAUGUUCAUCUUCGAAGGCUUAGCCGAAGCUCGCGUUUCCUUCCUCCUCUUGGGGACGAUGCUUACCCUGGCCCUUAUCUUCUAUUCUUACUUCUAUGAACAAGUAGGUGAGAGUGAGGCCGUCUCGUAUGAUUUUCCAGUAGAUUGCUCUAGACCAGUCAGAAGGAAGUGCUUAUUUAUUCUAAAGCCGUCGGCAUGAGCAUCUUGAUUACUUAAAACUUUCCGUUGUAUUUGGAAAACUGUAGUCUGUGUCAGUGUCUGUCAGUCAGCCAGUCAGUUAGACUCAUGAUUUUUCGUCCGCAAGACAAACACCCAGUGUCCCUCCCUUCGUCCACUCUAGUCCAGCUUUCAUUGUGCACUCUUCGUCUUUGAGCGUGGAGAUACGUUUGACGAUAGGCUGAACUGCUACGUGCGUCCAAACGAACCGCAUUAUUUAAGGCUCAUAAUAAUUCAACCUCGCAGAGUAGGCAACGCCUCAGAUGGAUCCCUUUUUGGAAUCUGCGACUAUGUAUGGUGCUCUUAGAGUGUGAAUUAUAGUUAGUUACAACAUUGUUGGUUUUGGCUACCAUUCAACCGUUAAGGCUAGUUCUUGUCCUUAUAAUUGAUCGCAAAAGUCUAGUUCUCUCAUCAUUAGCGUUCGCUCUAAACUAUACUGGCUGCUCGCCUUUUCAGAAUGUCAUAAUGUCCUUCUGGUGGGGUAUGGCGACCCUCUCCACAGUCGGCUACGGCGAAGCAUUUCCGAUAGGUGUCGCAGGAAAACUUGUUACUGGUACAACUAGAACUACUUAGUCUUUCUCUUUGUUGAUGUGAGUGACUCAUUUUCUUUUUCUUUGGUGUCCAUUUCACCAAGAAGAAUUCAACAGUAUGCUCCCGACGAUGUUGAUAGAUACAAAGUUCCAAGGCGAGGUCAGUCAGAGUAGGGUGCACUGGAUUAUCUUACUCUAUCGAGAAGUUACACACCGUCACCGACACGAACACACAAAUCCACCAGCUUGCUGCAUGAUCACCGCUAUAUUGUGUGUUGCGUUACCAACGACGCAAUUGGGCCUUGAGUUUGGUGCGAUCUAUGCGAGACUGCUGAACGAUCGGCGCGCGCGGUCAGGAAGGCGAGCCGUCCUGAAGUCAGUGAAAGAGGAAAUCCUUCUUCUUGAAUCAUUGAAAACGUUAGAGAGAAGCCGAAGAGAAAUACGAGACUCGUUUCCACGGCUGAAGAGCUUGGUAGCAUGUGAAAUACCAUUAUCAAAAAUUAAGGCUGCACAUCUCGUGACUAUAAGAACCCACAUUAAUUUGUUUCUGUUAUAGAAUGAUUAUUUCAGCAGUCUUCUUGAUCCUCUUCCUCUGGCUCUCCUCCAGCUGGUUCCGAACCCUAUGUGUCGCACAUCAAAAGGUACAACGCCGGCAAAAAAUCUCUAUCCCUCCUUCCCAAUCUGUUCCUCUUUGUCGUGGCGGCAGCCUCUAAUGAUUAUAGCAGUAGCACGACUUCAGCUUCACCCACACUUCCGAACAGUGUAGCUCAGGAAGUAUCGGAAUCCUUUUUGGGCUCCCCCAUCGGCAGUGGUAUCGGCGCCCUUAAUUCCGUCGGAACCGGACUCGUAUCUGGUGGCUUAUCACCUUUAAGAGAGAUUUCUACGUCGACUUCAAAUUUAAUUUUUUCAUUGAGCGAAAAUACAUGGACAGAAUCAGGAAGGUCGUGCUUUUUGAACAAUUGAAUACGUGGAAAGUUUCGAGGAAUCCAUGGUCAUGGGGUGAAGAAAUCUGUCUUUAUCUACUUACGUACUUAUUCAUAACUACUAAUACCAGUGAGACGAGUGAAUCAUGGGGUAGCAUAAAUAGUGAGGUAGAGCAUCUUCGUUUUACCAUUACCUCGACGAUACCAGUCGAACAAAGUAAAAGUGAGAUCAAGUUGCGGUCAGAGAAGAAUCGACACCUCUAACACUGAUCGCGAGUGGCGCGGCUCAGCUGGCUGCGCCUCUAUCGAAUUCGCCACUGAAAGACAUCUCAAUGUUUCCUACUUCGUUGCUAGGAGGCGACGACGAGGAGGAGGAUCCGAGGAGGCGUGAUGUAUGUUGGGUAAAUUCACGAACAGAGGCCUCCAUCGAGCAGCUCCGUAGACAGUUGGACAUGGCGAUACAUCACUACCAGACCUUUUUGCUAGAGACCGUCAGCAAAGGGCGGCUGAAAGCGUCGAUUCACUUAAGGCUCAAAGUAAUUCUAAUUCAUCUCCGGUUAGUUUUACUUUCUCUUCGUCUUUUAAGAGAUUUCUUGAUUCAGUUUUCUUCCUCUUAGAGGAUUCUGAGGGGAAACGCACGACCUCCUCAACAGAUGAAUUUUUGUGAGCACUAAGUUACGCGGUGUCCGAUCAAGGGAUUGCGUAGGCAUUACGCAUGUAGGCAUCCGCAUCACGCAGCUAUCAAGCCACAAGAUGUGGUCAAGAAACAGACUUUAGCGUUAUCGUAGCUAAGUUCAAUUUGAAUAUCAAUAUCAUGUAUCCAGUUCCAGCACAGAGGUUGAUAGUGACAGAAUCUUGGUUAUUUUUGCGCAAAUAACAGGUAUGUUAGAUCAACAAACAAGAAUCAAUCCAAGUUGUAGUUUCCAGUAAUUCCAAGCUGCAUCAAAUUUAUAUGUAUGAAAAAGACGAGGACAAUUCUUUCCAUUCGGUUGUACUUGUAUGAUCGCAAUGUCUUCGUCGUGUUGUACUUACACGAGAAAUGGUUGGGGAGUAAUCUGCAGUAGGUUCAGCGGUCCAUCGCUUUUUUUCCCGUAUAUUUAUAAUAUAUGUAAUUUCCAUUUUUUAUUGACGAGUAUUGACAGAACCAGAAGCUAUUUAGAAAUACUACCGAACAGGCUGCUGCAGUGCAUUUGUAUCUAUUUUAUGUAAAAAUUGUGGAUGACUCAGCACUAAUGUCUAUCUCCCUGGAGCCAGUUGCGCUUGCGGCUUUGUUGCACAUCGUUCUGUACAGCACUCAACAGCUAGCAUCCAGUUCAAAUUUUCUUUUCCUUUAGACCCGUAAAUCCUUGUUUUCUUUAGAAAUAUUUUCUUUAUAUGGUUGCUGACGGUCUAGAAGGAGAAGGGGUCUCCAUGGCACACAUCAAUUUUGCAUCGAAGGUGAUGGCCAUGGCGUAAAGACUGACAGGAAGUCAAGUGGUCUAAGUCGGCGCCAAGGACACACGUUCGCGUCGUGCGUUGUUCUACGUCUAGCCCCUGCGUGCAUCGCCGAGCGGUUUACCCAUUAACAAUUUCCGGUUUGCCUCUUCUACUCCUCAUCGGAGGAUCACAGGUCUUGGUAAUGGUAUUGAUGUCUGAGUUGCAAUUUCUUUUCCUCUUUAGUAAAAACAAAGAAGAAACACAGUAUGAAACAGAAUACGAAUAGAGCCUAUGAAUCAAAAGCGGUGUUGUCGUCACGGUGACACUACAG